AACGACUUCGUCCCGUCCCUCAUCAUGCGUGUCAUCAUUUAGGACGGGUGCCUAUACUGACUGUGAUCCUUCGCGCCUGACGUGUCAUCUUACAUGUCUGUCACGACCAAUUGAGCAGACUGGAGCUAUUUUUGGCGGUUUCUAGCUGCUGAAGCCGAAGGUGAGAUCAGGAACGUAUAUAAACGCAUUGCCCAUUAACUCUAGCUACAUUCACUCUGCACAAUCUUUCUAGUUAGGCCGAUUUAGCUUCCAUCAAUACUAACGACAUGUCUUCUUCAAACGAGGUAGCGUCUCUCGCCUCAAGCAACUCAAAGACAUUGGGAGCCUCCUUCCCCGUCAUCACCCUACCGUCGGGCAUCAAGGUGCCAACAGGAACUGUCGACAGCAACAAGACAAAAGAGGACGAAGAAGAGCUGAAAGGCUUAGCUGAGCAAAUGAAGGCCGCGCUCCCGGUACUUAAGAAGGUUGGGAUGUUCGACUUGUUCACUCCUGACGAGUGGGUGCAAGGCAAAAGUCCCGGGAGAAAGUUGGUUGGGGAAGAGGCUAAGAAGUUGGAACUCUAG